AUGUCAAGUCAUGAGAGGACCACAGGAGCCUCAGAAAAUCCCACAAGACACGGAGGAAAGACCACAUCGGGCCGCGAGAGGACCACGGACACCCCAGAAACACCCACGGGACACAGAGGAAAGACCACAUCGGGCCACGAGAGGACCACGGGCACCCCAGAAACACCCACGGGACACGGAGGAAAGACCACAUCGGGCCACGAGAGGACCACGGGCACCCCAGAUACACCCACGGGACACGGAGGAAAGACCACAUCGGGCCACGAGAGGACCACGGGCACCCCAGAAACACCCACGGGACAUGGAGGAAAGACCACAUCGAUCCAUGAGGGAAGCACUGGCACCUCUGCAAAGCCCACAGGACAUGAAGGAAAGACCAAAUGGACCCAUUACAAGAACUCAGGAACUCCAGCAGAAUCUACUAGACAUCAGGGAAAGACCGCAUUGGCCACUGAGACCACAAAAUCCCCAAUUAAACACACAGAAAAUUCAACGAAAGUCACAGCAGCCACAGAGAGUAUAAGACCUCCAGUGAAGGUCACAGGAGACACGUCUAUCAGUACUACCUCUCCUUGUCCAAAAAAACCUGAGAUUUCCCGUCAUGUGUCAGUUGGUUCUUCUACAGCCACCAGAUCGAUCAUGUCGGAAGCCCCUGACAAGAGCCAUCCACACCAGAACAAAGCUGGCUCACAAGGAGAUUUCCAUGCUGGAGAGAGGGGGGAGAAUGAUUCCUUCCCUGCAUGGGCCAUAGUUAUCGUGGUCCUGUUGAUAGUGAUUCUCCUCCUGGUGUUCCUUGGCCUGAUUUUCUUGGUCUCCUAUUUGGCACGAACACGCCGUGCACUGAUCCAGAACACUGAGGACAAUGACCCAGAGGAUGAUGGGGGCCCCACUUCCUACCCAGUCCACCUGAUGGAGCAACAGACUCUUGGCAUGACCCAGAUCUCUUCCCCACAAUGA